GGGUUAAGUAACUCGGUGUUUAUUUUGUUUUUUCGCCUCCCCCCAUAAUAUCUCAACCUACGGAUAUCACUGGUAAUAAUACUUCAUAUCUUUUUCUUCCUUUGGGGCAAACAGAGAGUUGAAGCAAAUGGGAUUAGCAGUCAUGGCACACAACCUCAACCUGGUUAAUAAUUUUCCGCCCUUCACCAAAACCAAUUUCCGAAACAAAAAUCUCUGUCGUUUUCAGCAACUGGGUUUUCACGGAGUUGGACAUUCAGAGAACAAGUAUAACCAACCAAUGCAAACUCAAGAAUUUAAACUUCCGGUUAAUUCAUGUUACAGGGAGCUUUCUUCAAUGGUUUCCUGCAGAGCAGUUGGCUCAGACUUAAAUGAAGAUACUGAUGAUAUGUUUGACGACUUGUUCAAAAAGCACGGAAAAGUGGUCUUUAUAAGAAACGAUCAGAAGUCUUCUGUUGCUGAAAUGGAUGAUGAUGCUGAAAGCUUAGCAUUCGCUGUGGCAAUGGCCAAAAUUGCAAAUGAUGUAAAGGCUGCAGAUAUUAAAGUUCUAUUCGUAAAACCUCUGGUAUAUUGGACUCGUUUUUUCAUCAUUGCAACGGCAUUUUCUCGUCCUCAGAUUGGUGCAAUCAGGACAAAAAUGGCAGAUCUUGCUGAAGAGAAGUUUGGGAAAGUCCCAAAUGGUGACUUAAAACCCAACUCUUGGACACUACUAGAUUUUGGUGAUGUUGUUGUCCACAUAUUUCUUCCCCCGCAGCGAGAGUUCUACAACUUGGAAGAAUUCUACGGCAAUGCCACGUCCAUCGAGUUGCCAUUUGAAGAUGAAAAACCAUUCCGCUAGUAUAAAACACUAAAUUAAUGAAUGGCAUGAUUAGUCUACAGAUUACAGCCUGACAGUUAAAGCUGAUGACCAUAUUGUCCAUGGCUUUGAUUCAAUGUAUGCAUAAAAGGGAGCUAUAUCUGCUAAUUCUGGGGUUGAUUUGACCUUCCAUCUGUGCCGCAGGCAUUAUUUGCUGGAGAUGAAGAAAACUAGUGUGCAAUUAGCAACGUUGGGCAGAUUGUGUAUUUAUGUAAGCUGAUUGUAAAAUUGAAGGUAUAAGGUUGUCAGGUUAAGCCUUAUUAAUAGAUAAAUAUAGUUCAUUCGUUUUUCUUGUCAGGAUUUUAGGAUUCAAAUUACAUCACUCUUGUAUUCAAUGUAGUAGAAGCGGAUGGGAGAUUUCCUUUAAAAAUUCUGUUGAUUAGAGACUAAAACAAAUCUGGUUUUUCAAGAGGGGUGUGUAUUGUUGGAACAUGUAUUGGAUAAAUAAACCCAUGAUUCAUAUAUGUACUACUCUUUAUUUGGCAGAACUA